AUGUUCCAACUUAGUAGAUCAGUAGCGGUGGCCAGCUUGGUCUCGCUGCUUGGUCAUUGCUCUUUGGCAACAGCUCAGUCUACAAGUACAGAUGCAAUUGUUGUUGACGGUACUACAUUCGCACUGAAUGGCGACAAUGUUUCUUACCGGUUCCGUGUGGACAAUAGUACAGGAGAUCUAUUAUCAGACCAUUUUGGUGGCAGCGUGACGGGUCCCAUCCCCACGGAGAUUGUGAGCGCAGUGAACGGCUGGGUUGGAGUACCAGGCCGCAUCCGCAGAGAAUUUCCGGACCAAGGUCGAGGGGAUUUCCGUAUGCCAGCGAUUCGCGUCCGGCAAACGGAAGGAUACACCGUGUCGGAUUUCCAGUAUCAGUCCCAUGAGAUCAAGCAAGGAAAGCCUGCUUUGCCUGGUCUACCGUCGACAUUUGGAACUGAGGAAGACGUCACUACGCUCGUGGUGAAUCUAUAUGACCAGUAUAGUGAUGUCGCUGCGGCCUUAUCAUACUCAAUCUUUCCCAAAUAUGAUGCGAUUGUGCGGAGUGCCAGUGUUACGAACAAAGGCAAGGGCAAUAUUACCGUCGAGUCUCUCGCUAGUAUCAGUGUGGACUUCCCUUACGAGGAUCUCGAUAUGAUUAGCUUGAGAGGUGACUGGGCACGAGAAGCCCAUCGUGAACGGAGAUCGGUCGAAUAUGGUAGCCAAGGCUUUGGAAGCUCAACGGGCUAUGCCUCACACUUGCACAACCCGUUCCUUGCCCUCGUAGACCCAGCCACUACUGAAUCUUCCGGUGAGGCAUGGGGUUUCUCGCUCGUGUACUCCGGGUCGUUCUCGGUGGAUGUGGAAAAGGGCUCUCAGGGCUUCACGCGCGCCAUGCUUGGAUUCAAUCCCGGUCAGCUAUCAUGGCCGUUAGCCCGGGGCGAAACUCUGAACUCCCCAGAGUGCGUCGCUGUCUAUUCCAGCAACGGAGUUGGUGGCAUGUCCCGCUCCCUGCAUCGCCUCUACCGCAACCACCUUAUCAAAAGCAAGUUUGCGACCGACGAUCGGCCACCUCUUCUGAACAGUUGGGAAGGACUUGGCUUUGAUUAUAACGCGACCAGCAUCUAUCAUCUAGCACAAGAGUCAGCCGAGUUGGGCGUCAGAAUGUUUGUUCUGGACGAUGGUUGGUUCGGUGACAAAUAUGCUCGUACUUCAGACACUGAAGGCCUUGGCGACUGGGUGCCCAACCCUCGGCGGUUCCCUGAUGGUCUAGCAGAUACCGUGAGUAACAUCACAGAUCUCAAAUCCGGCAAUACCUCGACCAACUUGCGCUUUGGAAUCUGGAUGGAGCCUGAAAUGGUCAACCCGAACUCCAGCCUCUAUCGCGAACACCCGGACUGGGCUCUUCACGCAGGACCAUACCCACGCACACAGCGACGAAACCAAUUGGUACUCAAUUUGGCUCUCCCAGAGGUCCAGGAAUUCGUAAUCGAGUCCGUAUCCAACAUCCUCAACACCGCAAAUAUCUCAUACGUCAAAUGGGACAACAACAGGGGCAUUCAUGAGAUGCCUUCUCCCUCCACCGACCACGCAUACAUGCUCGGAAUCUACAAAGUCUUCACAAAUCUCACCACCCAGUUCCCCGAUGUUCUUUGGGAAGGCUGUGCCUCCGGUGGAGGUCGCUUUGACCCAGGUGUUCUACAAUUCUUCCCUCAAAUCUGGGCGUCGGACGACACGGAUGCUAUCGAGCGUAUCACCAUCCAGACGGGAACAUCCCUCGCAUACCCACCCAGCGCCAUGGGUGCCCAUCUAUCUGCCGUUCCAAAUCAACAAACCGGCCGGACAUUACCUGUCGCCUUCCGCGGACACGUCGCAAUGAUGGGUGGAUCAUUCGGUUUGGAACUUGACCCUGCUACCACGCCCGAAGCAGACAAGGCUGCUCUGCCGGGGCUGAUUGCGCUUUCUGAAAAGGUUAAUCCCCUUGUUUUGAAGGGUGAUAUGUACCGCUUGAGCUUGCCUGAAGACUCGAAUUGGCCUGCUGUUCUAUUUAUCUCGGAGGAUGGGACUCAGGCUGUACUUUUCUAUUUCCAGCUUAACCCCCGAGUGGAUCAUUCUAUUCCUUGGAUUAAGAUGCAAGGAUUGGCUCCUGAGGCUAUGUAUAGUGUGGAAGGGAAGGGGACGUACUCUGGUGCGACGUUGAUGAACAUUGGAUUACAAUUCCCCUUUGAUACCGAUUACGGUAGCAAGGUUGUUUUCCUCGAGAAGCAGUGA